AUGGAGUCCAUAUCGAGGAUCAGCGGGCUGCUGGAGACAGCACGCGAUCUAACCCUCGAAGCUGCUCGCGAUGCAGGACCACGCAAGUCGAAUCGUGCGCUGCCGGCUGCACAGAUCAAGAAGAUGCUGGACAGCCGGCAGGAAAGAGACGUGCUAGAUGGGCUGAGGAGGGUGGUCGCAAUGCAGUAUGCCAACCCUCCACAACCCACCUUGACUUUCUUCCCGGCCGUGCUGAAGACGCUGUCAAAUCCAUAUCCUUCCACACGGCCGUUGGUGUACAAUUAUCUCAUCCAUCAUGCCGAAGCCGACCCAGACACUGCACUGCUUGCCAUCAACACGAUCCAGAAGUCCCUCUCCGACACGAACCCGCGAAUAAGGGCAAUGGCAUUGAAGACAAUGUCGGGCAUCAGAAUACCCAUGAUAUCACAGAUCAUCAGCUUGGCCAUCAAGAAAGGCGUGAGCGAUCUGUCACCUCUGGUGCGUAAAGCCGCCGCAUUGGCCUGUGUGAAGUGCAUACAGCUGGACUCGAACACACAGCCGCAAGUGGAAGAGUACUUGGGAGCACUACUGGCAGAUAAGCAAUACUACGUGGCUGGAGCAGCUGUACAGGCAUUUAUGGAGGUAUGCCCAGACAGACUGGACUUGAUACAUCCAGUAUACCGCAGGUUGGUCAAGAUGAUCGUAGACAUGGACGAAUGGGGACAGCUGGCGACUCUCAAACUCCUGACAACCUACUCACGAAAGUGCUUUCCGCGUCGCACUCAAAAGGUGAAGCGCGCUGCGAACCAGGAACAACGAGCCAAGGACUUUUACGAGGAUCUGGACGAGAAAGAAGAGAACGAAGACGACUUUGAGGAAGUUGAUGCCGCAGAUCCAGAUCUUGAGCUACUGCUGAAGACGAUCCAACUAUUGCUGUCAAGUCGCAACUCUGCAGUCAUCAUCUCGGUGGCUCGGGUCUAUCUUUAUCUCUCACCCACCAACUACUUGCACCAAGCGAUUGGCCCGCUCAUAGCUCUCUUACGCUCGCCCAGCGACAUCCAACAGGUGGCAUUGUACAACAUCGUGCAAGUCUGCCUGACUAGUCCGCAGCACUUCACGCCGUACUUCCGCCACUUCUUGAUCAGAUCGACUGAGGGACCACACAUCUGGACGUUGAAGCUCGAGAUCCUGACGCUCAUCUUCCCAUACACUGGCAAGGAGAUCCAAGAGCUCAUCUUGGCAGAGCUUGACCAUUUCUCCAAGGGUCAUGAUUCGCAGCUCGUUCGGGAGAGCGUACGUGCCAUUGGACGAUGUGCUCAAUCGUCAAGCGAUGCAACAUCAAGAAGGUGUCUAAGUCUGUUGCUCAAGCAGAUACGCAGCACAGAUCAGAAUCUCGUCGGCGAAGCCAUGGAAGUUAUUCGACAUCUAAUCCAACGAUCACCCGACGACCACAGGAAGACCGUGAUCAGACUGGCCAAGAACCUGGACUCACUCACAUCACCUACUGCACGAGCAAGCAUCGUGUGGCUCGUCGGCGAAUUCGCCGGCCAGGAUCCAGAGAACAGCAUCGCCACCGAUGUGCUCCGCAUUCUAGUAAAAGGCUAUCCCGACGAAAGCGACGAAGUCCGAGCCCAAAUCAUCCUCCUCGGCGCCAAAGUCUACCUCCACCACCUCAACGCAAAGAACGCCAAGCAAAAAGCCAUUGACAGCCUCAAUUCCACCUCAUCACCGACAGAACGCCCCUCCAGCACCGUCUUAACGCCCACAGAAGAAGAAGGCGGCUUCAACGAGAACACUUUCGGCAACAAUGAAACGCCCCAGGACAUCGAAGAGAAACACAUCAUCGAACUCCUCUACUCCCACACCAUGCUGCUAGCCCGCUACACCCCCUCCUACGAUCUCCGCGACCGCGCUCGCCUCUUCCGCUCCCUCCUCUCCGUCCAAUCAUCCACAGACCUUGCCUCCCUCCUCCUCCUCGCCCCAAAACCUGUUCCGCAAGUGCCUUCCCCCAGCGAAGCGCGUAAAACGUUCACCCUUGGCUCAGCAUCUCUCGUGAUUGGUGAGGGACGGUUGCGAGGCUAUGAGGAUGUGCCGGAGUGGGUUGAGGAUGGGAGUGAACCGGAUCCGAAGCUGAGGGAUGAUGGAGGCAUGGAGAGGGAGUAUGUGCCCGAGAAGGAGAGGGGGAGGGUUGUUGCGGCGGGGGCGAUGUUGGAUCGGGCGUUGGAGGAGGAAGGGGCUAGGAGUGGGGCAGGGGGGGAGAAAAGUUUGGAUGCGUGGUUGGAUGAGGAGGAGGAGGAUGAGAGUCGUGGGGAGGACGAGGAGACGGAGAGUGAGGAGGAAGAUACGAGUAGUGGGGAAGAGGAGACGGCUAGCGAGGAGGAAGACAGUGAGGAUGAAUAG